CAAAGAGCUCUCGCGUCAUGGUGCGGUCAUUGCCGCUACGCAGCGGCUUCUUCAAGGCUCCAGAGCUAUCGGACAUCGAGCAGACUGAGCUGUUGGCCUGGGGCCGCUCGCUCGUUCCUGAUCUAGUGCGUCAGCCCGACGUGGAGUGGACAAUGAUUCAUGAACGGAAGGGCGUCCAGCUGUGCGAGGACCGGCAGAAGGGCGGACUCACGUACUCUAUCCGCGCAGUGGGGCCCGUGCGCGCGUCACUGGACGACGUCAUGGACAUCUUUCUAGCGCAGAACACGGUGGACUACCGCUCGUUGAUGCAGUUGCAGCUUCGCGAGUUCUUCGCGGACGCUGCCGUGCUCUUCCACAAGGAACAAAACGAGUCCGAGGCGCUGAGUAUCAAGUGGACAGCGGCCCGCACCAAGAAGAGCGUGGCCAGUAUUGGUGGACAGGUGGGCGUCGAUUUUUGCUUUUUCGAAUACGCGGGGGUCAUCUCGUCGGAACUAGUAGACGGUAACAGCAGUACACUUCAAGGCUCUUCGUCCUCUAGCAAGGGCACACCUGUGGGCGUGUGUCUCUAUGAGUCCAUCGACCAGGCCGAGUGUCCAUCGCUUUAUGACUCGCACAAACUCGAGCGCGCAAGUGUGUCCAAGUGCGGCUCAUCUCGCGUCCAACAUUGGGAAGAACGGGUGGUUGAAACCCCACUUUUUUUUACAAUCUUCCCCCAACCCCCAGAGGACCACGCAUUAAACGCCCGCUGGGACCCGCCUCUAUAUUGGCCCACUGGGGCGAGGGGCGUAGGUGGCAUCGAAGAGGCCAUCAGUCGACGUCGCAUCUCCAAGGAACUGACCAAACGCCGAGUGCCCACGUGGGUGAACGACAAGGACCGCGCGUGCUGCCACUUGUGUCUCAAGACGUUCACGAAUACGCGGCGUAAACAUCACUGUCGUGCAUGCGGAGAGAUCAUCUGUAGAGCGUGCUCACUUUACAAGAGUGUGGACUUGCAGUCGGUCGGAUUAACGAUGCUACGGGUGUGUAAAGCCUGUAUGGACGGCACGUCCACUACAGCAACCGAUCGCGAGAAGGAAGAGGCCAAUCUCAAAGCUGUAGCCGCUGUGGCGGCCGUAGCGAAUGGAGUCACAGCUGACAGCGUGCCGUUGCCUGAAGGCGUGGACAACUCGAUCCUACGAGACGCAGUGGAGGAAUACGCCUUGGCUCUACCUGGAGCUCAGGUGUCUACUGUCCCCGACCUCGUCGGGAUUGCCUGGCUACAACAGUUAGCAGCCAGAGACCAGGAGAGUAAGGCUAUGGUUAAUGCCUUGAUGGAACGACUACGUAUCGACUCUCAGCAGAAGGACAUGGGUGGGACGCCCGAGGAGCAGGUGGAUAUCUACGAUACACUAUGUGAUCUGGCAGCUCAGACGUUGGCUUGCAAGUACGCGGUUGUCAGUCUGGUAGACGAGAACCGCCAGUGGUUCAAGAGUGCUGUGAACGUUCAGGAGUCCGAGGUGCCGCGAGACUUCAGCUUCUGCGAGUACCCGGUACGAGACCAGCGACCGCUUGUGGUCAUGGAUACAUUACGGGACCCACGCUUCAGAACGAACCCGUUUGUGACGGGCCCGUUAGGUGUCCGCUUCUUGGCCGGCGCGCCAUUGUUCACAGUGGAUAAUGAGUGUGUUGGUGCUGUGUGUGUGCUGGACACGGCUCCCCGGGAGUCUCUGCAAGAGUCGCAGAUCGCUACGAUGCAGAACCUGGCGCACUUGGCCAUGGUUAUGGUGCAGGAGCGGAGAGAAGCACAGAGUAAAGUUGCCCGUGCCAUGGCAGCAUCGUCUCAAAUUGUGCCAGCACGUCAGAAUGGCGGACAACUUACGAACAACGCCGGUUCGUCUGAUCUCGUGCCGUUGAGCAGCUACUCCGAGACGUCCAUGGUCGUACAAGGUCGUGAGAGACCGAAGGAGGACCCGGUGCUGAAGGAACAAAUGAUCCAGCUAUUGCACAAGGCGUCACAGGUGCGCGACCAAGUGAAUCAACAGACACACAAGCAACAGGCAGGUCUUCAGAGCUCUGCUGAGUAGAUCGUUAUCAUCGGGAAUGUCCAUCAUCACAUUACGCGCUCCGUUUUCGUCUCUUGUGAGGACUGGGACGAAAGCAAUCCACUGUGGAUUGGAUUCCACACGAGUUAGCACAAUCCAAGAAAAGAUAAAGAGAUCGACCGACUUGCCGACAGAAGCACUCAAGAAGGGGGAGAUUUAGAAGGAUGUCUGUAGCCGAAAUGGGUGAACUGCAAGGUCGUAGGUAGGACCACCCCGCGUGUAGUAGACGCCAGUGUAUGGAGUAUCCCCGCUUUUAAAAGUAAAAAAACGGAGCGUUAGAGUGUAUACCAAGUACUACUAC